CAGGUCCUCUGGUGUGAGAACUGGAUGACGUUUGAAGCUAAAGAAGAAGAAGAAGAAGAAGAAGCAGAAGAAGAAGAAGGAGGAUCCUCUUACAGCACUUUUUAAAGAAACAUCACUCCUGGACUCUCUCACAUGAACUGGACAGACAGCCGGCGCACAGAGACGUCAGCGUGUUUACAAAGAGACGUCUGAUGUCAUCCACCAAAGCUCCCCUUUCCUUUCCACUUCCUGAUUCCUGUUUCCAGCCCGGCGUCACGAUGACUCUGUUUCAGCAGUGGAUGGGUCCUUCCAGUUUCUGUGAAAUUGUUGGCAGCCGUCAGAGGUUCAGCUAUCAUGCCUGGUAGAUUUGGGACCUUGUAACCCUCCAGAACCUACCCUCCCACUCCCCCCACCAUCCCCUCCAUCCUUCCUCUUCUAACCCACAGAAGAGCUUCACAGAGAUGGAAGCUCGUGAAUCAGCAGCCGCCGCCGCCGCUGGGCAGAAAUGCUCCAAUAAGGAAGCAGUGAAGGAGAAGACGCCUCUGCAGCGGAGGUGGGCGUCUGAGCCGUCAGCAAACACAACACAAAGCACUUUUGCUGACCCGGACGCCAAACACCGCGAGAGUCUGCCGUGUGGCGCCACCGGGGGGGCGGCACCUCAGCAGAAGUACGCAUUUACAGGGAACUCUGGGAAGCUGCUAUCUGGACCCUCUGGGGCCAUAGGAGGCCCACCAUCUCAAGACCCCAAAGGGCCCUUUGCUCAGGGGUUCCCACGAGGGUAUUCCUACCAGCUGGGCCAACCGUACCCUCAGCACCCCCAGACCGAGCGCUUUCUAUCAGGAGCCAAACCUCAGCCAGGUCUAGAGCCUCACGCCUGGCCCUUUGCUGGCCAGCUGCCAUCGGAUGACCUGUACCCCGUAGGACACCCAGGACACUCUCACCCUCACGGGGGCGGGGCAGGGAGGUUUCCCCGCCAGAAAUCUCCCAGCUUACCCAGCUCCUUCGGACAGUACUCCCAGUCCAGCUCGGAGCCCUGCGAGGAGGGGUACAGCAAAAAGGAGCAGAAGCCAAAAAAGCCCGGUAAGUAUAUCUGUCACUACUGCGGCCGGGCGUGCGCCAAGCCCAGCGUCCUGAAGAAGCACAUCCGCUCGCACACGGGAGAGAGGCCGUAUCCAUGCGUACCCUGCGGCUUCUCCUUCAAAACCAAGAGCAACCUGUACAAGCAUCGCAAGUCCCACGCUCACGCCAUCAAGGCCGGACUCGUUCCCUUCUCAGAGCUAGCUGUGGCGCGCGGCGGGGACGUGGACCAGGCGUCCCCGGCGGGCGAGACCGAGGUCCACUCGGACUGCGAGCAGAGCACCGACACGGACGAGGAAGGCGUGGAGGGCUCCACCAUGCUCAUGGACAAAGACAGCCCCAUCCCGCAGAUCUCCUUUGAGUCCGACAAGAGUUCAGGUGGAGUGGAACCAGCGUACGCAGACUCGGCUGAAGAGCUCCCCAUGGGGUCUAUGAAAGUGCCUAUCCUUAUCGUCCCCAAACCCGGGGGGGUCCCCUCCACAGGUAUGGAGUGCCCCCCCUUUCAGGACAUUAAGGGGUCCCACCACAUGUUGGCGUCCCAGGUUGGAGGCAGAGCCCACUCCCUGGACGAGUCUCCCACCAUCAAACAGCGCCUGGCCCUGAAGCUGAACGACAAGAAAGGCCUGGACUCGGAUUCUGCCAUGUCCCAGUCCCUGAACCUCCUCAGCCCUAACAGCAAAGGGAGUACGGACUCGGGGUACUUCUCUCGCUCUGAGAGCGCCGAGCAGCAGAUCAGUCCUCCAAAUACUAACGUCAAGACGUAUGAAGAGAUCAUGUUUGGUCGGACUUGGUACUACCGUCCAAAUACCAGACCCAGACAGUCCAUCACGGUGGGCAUGGCGGGGGCCGACCCCGGCAGCCUGGCUAGCAUCAAGCAGCCCGGAUCCAACAUGGACAUGGGAAAGAGAGCGGAGGAUCAGAUCUGCUUCAGAGGGGACGUAGGAGUCUCUGGAGAACCCAAGCAGUACCCAACGGGACCCUGUCAGAGCAGCACGGGGCUCCUGGAGCCCCCUUCAGACUCUGGGCAUCUCAUCAGGAGCAACUCCAUGCCAACUUCCUCCCCGACCAACCUGAGCGUCCCGCCGGGGAUCCGGAGCAGCCACUCCUUCGACGAGAUGAUGUCAUCAGACGAUGUGUUUUACCCGCCGCGCAGACUCCGGAGACAGGCGGCGUUCGAACAUUCAGCCAACGAAGCUCACGCAGGAGAAGCCGAGGGCUGCGGACACGUGUCCAAAAAUGUAGCUUCAUCUCUGGGUAUGAAGAUCGGAGAGCGCGGCCCGGGGGUCCCGGACCACGUGGCCUACGGUCCGUACGGUACUAAAGUUAGCAUGUCAGAGAUCGCCACGAGGAAGAGGAGGAAAGAGAAGAGCGUGGGCGACGAAGAGGACAGUCCCGGGCACUGUGACAGCAGCUGCAGCGGGUCAGUGGAGAUGAUCGGGGAUUAUGACUUUAAACAGGGCAGCCUGGACGGGUCCAGAGCCAACUCCACGGGGAAGGGCUCGCUCCACAGCGCUCACAGCCAGUCGGACAGCUUCGACACCUGCGCCAGCAUGUGCUCCGAGGACAUCGCUCUCUUCACGGACGCCGAGUGCAGGAAGGCCGCCGGGAACGUCAUAUCAGUCAUUCAGCACACCAACUCCCUCAGCCGGCCAAACUCCUUCGAGAAGUCUGAAUCCUUCGAGCACCCGUGUUAUCAGCCGUCAGACAAAGCUCUGUCCAGCCAGCACUCCGAGCAGUCCGACACGGACAUCUUCGAGGACGCCCUGAGUCCUGAGUCCGCCCUCCUGAGGACGGAGAGCAUGGAGCAGCAGCUGCACAGUGACAGCGACCUGGCCUCCCUCUCUUCAUCGUCAGCAGCAGCCUCACCCGGUCAACCCUAUCACAUCCCUCAUAAACUCGUACGACAGCCCAACAUCCAAGUCCCUGAGAUCAGAGUGACGGAGGAGCCCGACAAGCCGGAGAGAGACGCCGAGGUGUCCAUGAUCAAGGAGCCGGAGAAGCAGCCGCAGCAUGUGGAGGAGUUCCAGCUUCCUCAGAGGAGCGACACGCUCUCUCAGAUGCCGUCAGAGAAGCUCCCGCCCAAAAAGAAGAGGCUGCGUUUGGCCGACAUGGAGCACUCAUCCGGGGAAUCCAGCUUCGAGUCCACCUGUACCAGCCUGUCCCGCAGCCCCAGCCAGGAGAGCAACCUGUCCCACUCCUCCUCCUUCUCCAUGUCCUUCGACCGCGAGGAGGGCCUCAAGUCUGCCUCCCCCACCAAGCAGGAUGACUCGUCGGCCCCCGGCGGUGGACCCAGGCCGUCGGAGUUCCUGACCGUGCCUGGUAGCGGUCACUCCAGCCACCACCAGCAGAGGGAGAUGAGGAGGUCUUCAUCGGAACAGGCUCCGUGCACGCUGCCCACAGAGCUGCCUGAGAUGAGGAGCAAAUCCUUCGACUAUGGGAGCUUGUCCCCGUCUCGACAGGGAGAGAUAUACUCCAGUGCCAGCGCCAUGAAGGAACGCCGGCGUGGAUACCUCGUCAGACAGGCUUCACUGAGUGUGUACCCGGAGGCAGUCGCCCAGGAACCGGGUCCACCUGAGAUGUUAAUCAAACAGGAGAGUUUGGAGCACGGGGCGUGGCCUGGUCCAACCGGAUCCUCCUCCAAGAGGGUCGGCGGUGGCAGUGGAGCUGCAGGGUCGUACCAACACCACCACCACAUCCUGCAGCAGAGCAUCAGUGAGGACAGCCUGCAGGAUGAGCCUCUCUACAGAAGGUCCCAGCUCCAUCGGCUGCACACUCAAGGCUCGUCAUCCGAGGGAGAGUACCCAGGUCAAGAGGUCCUGCACAAAGAGGCGAUCCAGCAGUACCAGGGGGCGCCUCCCUUCCUGUCCUACCAGCAGCCGGGUCUGUACUGGAGUCAGGACGCCCGGCAGCAGCUGACCCUCCAGGCUCAGCAACAACUCCAGAAACUGCACAUCAGAUCACCCGGACACCCGCUCCACAAACAACCGCCCCACCACGCCCUGCAGCAGCUCCCGGAUCCACAGCCUCACGACGGGAAGUCAGAGAGCCCCGGGUCUCAGAUGUACCCGUCCUCCUUCUCCUCCCGCUCCUCUCCGCUGACUCAGCAGCAGAGCUUCGGAUCCCUCUCCUCCAAACACUCGCUGCCCGCUGCGACCACCGCCGCCAUGCUUCUGCAGCAGAUCCAACCCGUCUUUGCCACCCAGAACCUCGCCCCCCAGGCCUCCCUGCCCGGUAUGCUGGUUCCAGUGCGGAUCCAGACCAACGUGCCAUCCUUUGGUAGUGUCAUGUAUACAAGUGUUAGCCAGCUGGUAGCUUCCCAUGGCAGCGGGCCUCAGGGGGUCGGCUCAGGUGGAGCUGAGCACUUGAGUUCUCUGGGAGGCGUUUCAAGUGUCGGCAAACCGCCCGGAGGAAUAGUCGGAGGCAUCAGUGGGUCAGGAUUCAACCUGUCACACUUCCUGGGACAGACUGAUGGCUCCGUGUCACGCUACCCUCUGUGGAAGGUUCAAGACUCAGAGCAGCGCCUGAACACCGGGAUCCCCCUGUCCCUCACCUCAGGCACCAUAUCCACCACGGACGCCUCGGGGUCCGGCAUCGGAGGAAGCAAGAGGAUGCUCUCCCCCGCCAGCUCUUUGGAGCUCUUCAUCGAGACCAAGCAGCAGAAGAGGGUGAAGGAGGAGAGGAUGUACGGACAGAUCCUGAAGGAGAUGGGUGCCGUGGAGCUGAGUGGGACCGAGACCGGCAGGAAGUCUGAGGGGAGAGGUCUGCUGGCCCGUCUGAAGAGUGAGGACUCCAUCGAUGACUCUGAAAGGAUGGCCUCCUCUCCUCCCCUCAGCGACUUCCCCCUCUCCAAGAUCAGCAUCCCCGUCCGCUCUGCUGCUCCUCACCCUCCUGACGUCCCCCGCGCUGAGAGCUUCACUCCUCCUCUCCAGAUCGUCACAGACCGGUCCCCGGGUCCAAGUGGUCGGGACUCCCCAGAGGAGCUCGAUGUGGACGACCCCAUCCCAGAGCUCAGCUCCAGCCCUCAGUCCAUGUCCCCCAACGAAGAAGAAGACUCCGACAGCACGAAGCAGCUCACACAGAGUAAGGCCCCGGUUAGCAUGCUGGUUCAGCUAGCCCCCAACCAAAGCCCGGGUCUCUCCGGCGCCCUGGGUCAGACUCUGCUGGUGACCGACGUGGCCGACGUCCAGCAGUAUUUCCAGUUCCCGAGCCUGCGCACCAUGAGCAGAGUCAGCUGGUGUUUCCUGAACUACACCAAACCCAACAGCACCCAGCUGGCCCAGCGGAGCUCCGUCUACAACUCGUGGUGCGUCAGCUCCUACAACCCCAACCCUCUGAACCUCAGCACCAAGGCAGCGCUGGCACUGCUCAGGUCCAAGCAGAAGAGGAACACGGACCUGAUGUUCACCACCGCCGCCAUGUCCCCGCCCAGCUCCGGGAAACUGGUCUCAUCCGUGGCCUGGAAGCUGAGGUUUGACCAGCUGAAGCCGGAGCUGAUGCCGGUGGAGGCCGGUCACUUUGGGAGGAAGAUGAAGGGGGUGGUGUCGUGGGACCGGUCGAAGGAGGAGCAGGUGGAGAAGGAGGUUUCAGUCAAACAGCCCGCCACUGAACCAACGCGCAUUAAGAUCUUUGAGGGCGGGUACAAGUCCAACGAGGACUACGUCUACGUCCGAGGUCGCGGGCGGGGGAAGUAUAUCUGCGAGGAGUGCGGCAUCCGCUGUAAGAAACCCAGCAUGCUGAAGAAACACAUCCGAACACACACCGACGUCCGGCCCUACGUCUGCAAGUUCUGCAACUUCGCCUUCAAGACCAAAGGAAACCUGACGAAGCACAUGAAGUCCAAGGCUCAUAUGAAAAAGUGUCUGGAGUUAGGAGUCUCCAUGUCGUCUGUGGAGGACAACGAGGCUGACGAAGGAGAUGAAGGUCAGAGGUCGUCCGAUAAGAUGUCGAGAUCUGCGAUGGCGGAUCAUCAGUUCUCAGACGCCGAUGACUCGGAGGGCGGCGAGGAAGACGGCGAUGAGGACGAUGACGAUGAUGAAGACGACUACGACGGCGACUCCACCCCGAAGACUCGCUCCCGCUCCACCAGCCCGCAGCCGUACGCCCUGCCCGCCAUGUCCAUCACGGCCGUGGCGUCCUCGCACUCCGCUCCUCACCAUCACUCCGCCUCCGACUUCCUCGGCCACGCCAACAAGCCUCCGCUGUUCGGAUACUUCACCACCGUGCCGAGCAUCCAGAUCACGCCACAGGCUCCGCCCACCGACCCGGCGGGGAGGGAGUACCAGCGAGGGCUGCAGAGGGCGGGAGGCAGUAGACUCCUGGCUCCUCCCUCUUCCUCCUCCAUGGAUGAAGACCUCCCCGUCCCCUCCCCCGACCUCUCCUCCCCCUCCUCCCGCCUCUCCUCGCCCGGCCUCGACCUCUCCGGCUGCCCCUCCCCCGUCUCCCCCUCGUCCUCGCCUUCGCCCCACCGGUACCUCUCCCCACGCCGCGACCUCUCGCCCUGCCCGGGACACCUCUCUCCAGGGCGGGACAUCUCCCCUCUACGUCACAUCUCCCCCAAGAGAGACCUGGGGGUGUCUGGGGGGUACAGGCGGGACCUCUCCCCCAGGAGGGGACACCUGUCGCUGCUCUCCCCCCUCUCUCGACCCACGUCCCCCGCCGGACGAGACUACAAGCGUGACCUUUCACCUCGAGGACGCCACAAGGGGAUGAUCAGGCCGGUGUCUCCUCGCCGAGGACUCCACCAACACCUCCACCACCAGGGUCCUCAGAGCGGGUCUCGGGGCCUGAGGCCAGCUCACCAGGUCGGGGUUCUGGGUCAGACGGAGCUGGACCUGCUGGGACGUCGUGGAGGCAGCGCAGAGAUGGAGACGGAGUACCAUCCGGGCUCACCUUCCUCAGGUGAGGGGACCGGCCGCUGUGGAAACCAGUCCAGCCCCCCUCACCAGGUCCUGUUCAGUCACCUUCCUCUCCACUCUCAGCUGCAGGUGCGUUCCCCGUACCCCAUGAUCCCCAUCGGAGGGAUCCAGAUGGUUCACUCCGUCCCCACCGCCAUCAGCACGCCUCUGGGCCAGCAGGGGGCGCCGCAGAGCACGUCCCGCCUGGUGCUGCAGAAGAGCACAUCGGAGGACUCCUCCGGCGAGGCCGCCUCCGCUCACUUCACCUCCUUCCCCGAGAGAGGAGAGAGGCUGAGGGAGGCGACCGCUCCUCACCCCUCGUCUCAGGAGAGAGGGGGGAGGCAGGACCAGGACGACAGCGUCCGGACCUGCACCAAGGCCAUCGCAUCGCUCUGCAUCGACGCCAAGGAGCUCGCCGAGAGAGGAGGAGGAGGAGGUGGAGGAGAGAAGGGGAUAGACGAAGGACGAGCUUCAUCCACUCCUUCUGCACUCCCCCCCGACUCCCACCUCCAUCAGCACUCCCCCUCUCCUCACCCCGCACCGUCACCUGGGAUUCAGCACUUUAGCGGCCUGGAGCUAAGGCCUCCUCUCCACCCGUCGAUCCCCGCCUCCUCUUCCUCCCCUUCCUCCUCCUCCUCCUCUUCCUCCUCUCCUCACCCGCCAAGCCCCGGCCCGGGAUCUGAAACCCUCCACCCUCCAACGUCGUCCAAACUUCUCCAGGCGGAGCGAGGGAGGGAGGCGGAAAGCACAAAGAGGAGCAGGGACGUGUCGUAGGAAGAGCGAGGGAUGACUUUACUUCUUUAGGGAUGAAAGGAAGGGAUGAAGAGAGGGGAACACGACUUUUGCACACUUCACACACACACACACACACACACACACACACACACACACACACACACACACACACGCACACACACGCACACACACACACACACGCUCAAAGAGAAACAGGACUUCUGAUGGUUUUCGUAGACCUUCAGCGGGUCCGGACCCGGAGCACCAGAACUAAACACCAACACAUGAGCCCGACCAAAGUCAGCGAGCGCGAGAGGACUCUGGUUUUGAAACGGUACGUCAACACAACCAAACAGACUGCAGACAGCUAUGUGUGUGCCUUUUCUUUCAGUUUGUUUGUUUGUUUGUUUUCUGACAAACAAAGCAGGAAGGUUCAUGUAAAUAAAUACUAUCAGCUUUGUAAUAAUGCAUCUUUCUCCUCCUCCUCCUCCUCCUCCUCUCCUCCUCCUGUGUUCCUUUUAUUUGUUAUGGACACCUUAAAGUCUCAACAAGCGAUGUGAAGUCAUGAAUAUUACUAUUAUUACGUACGGUUGCACUAAAACAUAUUUUUAUAUGAGUGAAAUUUUAAAAAAUGGCUUUUUUGUGUACAGCAGCGAUUCUAUAAUACUAUUUAUUAUUGUUACCAUGUUUCAUAAAAUUGUACAUUUUUUCUUAAA